AUGUUUACGCCCCAGAGGAAAGUGUGGUCGGGGUGGUCGCUGACGCCAAGAACCGAAACCGGUGGAAAGAAUGGAAGCAUGUCUGGGUCGGAUCCGAAGGGAAAGAGUGUGGCUUUUGUUGAACAAGUGACGCAUAAUGGAGUGGGAACCAAUUUGGACGGUGAAGAUUUGGUUGAUAAAAUUUCAAAGCUUCAGAAUGAGCUGUUUGAGUACCAGUACAAUAUGGGCCUUCUCUUGAUUGAGAAAAAGGAGUGGGGUUCUAAGUAUGAAGAACUCAUGCACGCAUUAACAGAAGCGCAGGAUGCAGUCAAACAGGAACAAGCAGCACAUUCGGUUGCAAUUUCUGAUGCUAAAAAGCUGGAAGAGAAUUUGAGAAAGGCCUUGGGUGUUGAGAAACAGUGUGUACUUGAUUUGGAGAAGGCAGUGCGCGAGAUGCGUUCAGAAAAUGCAGACAUUAAGUUUACGGCUGAUUCAAAGUUGGCUGAAGCAAAUGCAUUGGUUACUAGUAUUGAAGAGAAGUCUCUGGAGGUAGAGGCAAAAUUGCGUGCUGCUGAUGCGAAGCUUGCUGAAGUGAGCCGAAAGAGUUCAGAGAUUCAGAGGAAAUUGCUGGAUGUGGAAUCUCGUGAAAAUGCUCUUCGAAGGGAGCGCUUGUCCUUCAUGGCAGAGAAAGAGGCGCAUGAGAAUGCUUUUUCUAAGCAAAGGGAGGACUUGCAAGAAUGGGAGAAGAAAUUACAAGAAGGAGAAGAGAGGCUAUUGAAGAGUCAAAGAAUUAUCAACCAAAGAGAAGAAAGGGCAAAUGAAAAUGAUAGGAUCCUUAAGCAGAAAGAGAAGGAUCUUGAAGAAGCACAGAAAAGAAUUGGGGAAGCUAACUCAAUUUUGAAGAGGAAAGAAGAUGAUAUAAGUAACCGGCUAACUAAUCUAACCAUAAGGGAAAAGGAAUUUGAUGCUACAAGAAAAAAGUUAGAGGUGAAAGAAGUAGAGUUACGUGUGCUGGAAGAAAAGCUGAAUGAUAGAGAGAAAGUUGAGAUUAAGAAGCUAACUGAUGAACACAAUGCCAUUUUGGACGCAAAGAAGCAUGAAUUUGAGUUGGAAGCUGAGCAAAAGAGGAAAUCUUUGGAUGAGGAACUCAAAAACAAGGUAAUUGAGGUAGAAAAGAGGGAAACUGAAAUCAAACAUAAGGAAGAGAAAGUUGCAAAACGAGAGCAGGCAUUGGAUAAGAAACUGGAGAAGCUUAGGGAGAAAGAGAAUGAAUUUGAAUCAAAGUCAAAAUCUCUUAAGGAGAGGGAGAAGGCCUUCCGAUCUGAGGAGAAGAACUUGGAGGCGGAGAAAAAACAACUGCAUUCUGCGAAAGAGGAUUUUCUAAAUCUUAAAGCUGAACUGGAAAAAUUAAGGGCUUCAAAUGAAGAGCAGCUUCUGAAAAUUCGUGAAGAGAAGGAGUGUCUCAAAGUAAGUGAGGAAGAGAGGUCUGCGUAUGCCCGCUUGCAAGCUGAACUUAAGGAAGAAAUAAAUAAGUGUAGGCUUCAGGAGGAGCUGCUUUUGAAGGAGGCUGAUGAUUUAAAGCAGCAAAAGGGGAAUUUUGAGAGAGAGUGGGAAGAGCUGGAUGUAAAAAGGGCGGAGAUUGAGAAAGAGCUGAAGAGCAUUGGUGAACAGAAAGAAAAAUUUGAAAAGCAUAGACUCUCCGAAGAAGAAAGAAUAAGAAAUGAAAGAAAGGCAACAGAAGACUAUGUAAAAAGAGAGCUGGAAGCUCUGGAAGUUUCCAAGGAAUCAUUUGAGGCCAACAUGGAGCAUGAGCGGUCUGUGACAGCUGAGAAAGCUCAAAGUGAGAGAAACCAAAUGCUAUAUAGCAUUGAGAUGCAGAAGACCGAACUUGAGAAUGAUUUGCAAAAAAAGCAGGAGGAGAUGGACAGGCUUUUGCAAGAGCAGGAGAAAUUGUUUGAGGAAGAGAAAGAGAGAGAAUUAAAGAAUAUUAAUUUCUUACGAGAUGUAGCUAGAAGAGGAAUGGAAGAUAUGAAACUGGAAAGGGCUAGGAUAGAGAAAGAGAAGCAAGAAGUUGAUGAAAAUAAAAGGCAUCUUCAAGAGCAACAACUUGAAAUGCGAGAAGAUAUUGAUAAGCUGGGUGAUCUUAGCAGGAAGUUGAAGGACCACAGGGAGCAAUUUGUUAAAGAGAAAGAGCGCUUCAUUAUAUUUGUUGAGCAACACAAGGGUUGCAAGAAGUGUGGUGAAUUGACCUCUGAGUUUGUGCUUUCUGAUUUAAUAUCUUCACAAGAAAUCGAGAAAGCAGAUGUCCUUCCUACAUCAAAGCUGGCUAAUAACCAUGUGACUGGAGAUGAUGGAAAUCUGGUUGCUUCUCAGAGGCAUGACAGCAAGAUAUCUCCCACUCUUGCUCGUUCAUUAUCUCCAGUUUCUUGGCUGCGGAAAUGCACAUCAAAGAUAUUUUCCUCUGCAGAUAAAAAGAUUGAGCCUGCUGCUUUUCAAAAUUUGACUGAUGGCACACCCAUGUCUGGUGAGCAAGUUAAUGCAGAAGAAAUGUCAAAAAGAUUAGAUUUUACGGAAAACGAACCAGAGCUAUCUUUUGCAAUUGUCAAUGAUUCACUUGAUGUCCAGAGGGUACUGUCUGGUACAAGCAUCAGAGAGGUUGAAGCUGGGCACGAUUUGUCUGUUAAUGAUCAGAGCAAUAAUAAUGGUACAGCACCAGAAAUUCAGGAAGAUUCCCAACCUUCUGGAUUAAAUCAUGGUCGUCAACCUCUUAAAAAGGGUAGGCCAAGAGUUAGCAGAACACGCUCUGUCAAGGCAGUUGUUCAAGAUGCCAAAGCUAUCCUGGGGGAUGCUUUGGAACUAAAUGAGGCUGAAGAUUCUGGCCAUUUGAAAUCGGAAAGCCGUGAUGAAUCUAGUCUUGCUGAUAAAGGAGUUCCAAGAAAUGCCCGGAAGCGGAAUCGAACUCAGACAUCUCAAGUUUCAGUGAGCGACCAUUACGGUGAUGACAGUGAGGGACAUUCUGAUAGUGUCACUGCCGGUGAUCGAAGGAAGAGGCGACAAAAGGUUGUUCCCAAUCAAACUCAAGGCCAAACACAGUAUAAUCUUCGGCGACGCAAACCUGGAAUCACUGUUGUAACUGCUAAAGCCUUAUCAAACCUGAACAAAGAAAAGGAGAAAGAGGAUGAUGGUGUUAGUGGUCCACAGGAUGGAAAUCUAUUGAGAAGUGCACCAGCUGCUUCUGCGGGGGCUGCUAGUGAGAAUGGUGGAAGCAUGCACUUGGUACGGUGUGCGAAUGUCAUGGACACUGAUGGCAGUGCAAGAAAGUUGGGUGAGAAUGUGGCACUGAGUGAAGAAGUAAAUGGGACGCCAGAGGGGGCUGGGGAGUAUGGUAUUGCAGAUGAGAACACGAGUGAAACCCCUAGAGAUGACGAUGAGGAUGACGACAAUGGUGAAGAGUAUGUGCAUCCAGGUGAAGUCUCAAUAGGAAAGAAGCUUUGGACUUUCUUAACGACAUAA